GUUUUUUCGUUAUCAUAUCUUUGAUGCAAAUUUCAUCUUUAUUAUUUUUCUUCACCAUCUUUGACUCUUUUUUCUUUGCCUCUUUCUAUUUCUCUCCAUCUUUCGAUCUUCAUUUCAUAUAUGUAUAGCAAGCCAUGUUUAUACGAUAAAUUCAUGCGCGCGCACAAACACACACAGACGCGAAAGUAAUAAAUUUAAAAAAUAAAAAAUAAAAAUAAAAAAUGAAUUUGGAUGGGGAUUCAUAUCCAAAAGAAUGGUGGUCAAUGGGAAUGGUAUUCAAGGAUAGACUAAUAUGCCAAUAUCAAAGAUCAGGAACUUCUAAUGGUAUUUGGUAUGGUGAAAAUCCUCUGAGUUAUCCCACCCCUUUAGUUUUGAUGCAAAUUACCAUCAUUUUCUUCGUCACCCGAGCCGUCUUUUUCGUUGUUCAACCCUUGCGCCAGAGUAUGACCGUCGUCCAAAUUCUUGCAGGAAUAUUAAUAGGUCGAUCAUUAUUAAACUACAGCCCAACUCUAAUAAACACACUAUUCCCACCCCCUGGAAGAUAUAUACUCAAGACAAUUGCUGGGUUUGGAUUUAUGCUUCAAAUGUUCAUAUCAGGAGUUAUGAUCGACAUGAACCAGAUUAGGAAAAGCGGACCUAAAUCAAUACUCAUAGCCUUCUCAGGCGUACUCAUGUCCCUCGUCUUAGGAGCUACCGCCUUUUUUUUAGUUCGACAACUUGUAGAACUUGACCAAAGCCUUUACACAGGCAUCCGAAUUUUGAUCGUCUUUAAUUCCUUAACCUUUUUCAUGGUGACUAGCUACUACCUUCAUGACCUCAAGAUCAUUAACUCCGAGGUGGGACGUUUAGCCUCAUCCUCAUCUUUGGUUAUCGAUAUAUUUGGACUCUUAACCACCACAUUUGGACUCAUUUGGUUAACCCCUAAUCCAGAUGCACCCCCUAAAUUCGUAUCCGCGAUAAGUUUGUGUGUUUACUAUUUGGUAUUGUUUGGUGUCUUCCGACCCUUAGUGAUGUGUGUUGUAAGGAGAACUCCUGAAGGCACUCCCAUGAAACAAACUCAUUUCUUGUUAAUCUUAGGCAUUGUAAUGUUUACUUGGCAUUGGGGUGAAAGAGUGGGCCAAAGAUUUUCUGCUUUCUUGUUUGGGCUUUCUUUACCUCAUGGGCCCCCAUUGGGCUCUGCAUUGGUCCAGAAGCUACAACUUUUCACUUCUGGGAUACUACUACCUCUCUUCUGCACCAUGGCUGGAUGGAGGAUUAAUCUCUUCUCUUGGCAAGGCACCCCUUCAUUUUGGGGUGUUGAGAUCAUUUUUAUCCUUGGUCAACUCGGCAAGUUUUUAGGUACCGUCUUUUCCUCCAUGCUUGUAGGUGUGUCUCUUGAAGACGCUGUGCCUUUGGGCUUUAUCAUGACUUUUAAAGGCCUCAUGGAGAUUGCCACUUUCGGUGUUUGGAUUGAUCAAGCGAUUUUGGAUGAUCGAUUGUUUUCUUUGGGGAUGUUGAACAUUGUGCUCUUUACCGGAGUGGCAUAUCCACUAGUACAAUGGUUGUAUGAUCCAUCCCAUAAAUACAACACCGUUAGAAAGAGAAAGAUAAUGGGACUAAGUGAUCAUGGAGAUCUCCAAGUGUUAGUAUGCAUACACAAUGAAGAAAGCAUCGCCGCGAUUUUUAACUUGCUAGAGGUGGCUAAGUGUGACCAAAUGGGUGGAUCUAUUUCAGUAUUUGCCCUUCAACUGAUACAACUUGCAGGAAGUGCAAUUCCUAUCCUAGCACCACUUCAUGAAUUCAAGAAGACAGCAAGCAACUUCAGUCUGUUUGAUCACACAAUCAAAGCCUUUGAACAGUUCGAGCGAGAAAGCCCUGGGAAUGUAAGGGUACAACACUUUGUAUCUGUCACACCUUAUAAGAGUAUGCACAAUGACAUAUGUACACUUGCACAUGAUAAGAGAACAAACCUUAUCAUCGUCCCUUUUCAUAAAAAAUGGAGGAUCGAUGGGACAGUGGAGACUUCAGACCCUCAAUUAAGGAGUAUAAAUAGAAGUGUGCUUAGAAAAUCCCCUUGCUCAGUUGCAAUCCUUAUUGAUAGAGGAACAUCUGAUCUGACAGGAGGAAGCUUGUAUCGCGGGGCUGAAAGAUGUCAAAUAGUGAUGAUCUUUAUUGGUGGGACAGAUGAUCAUGAGGCCUUAGCUUUAGCAAGGCGUAUGGCUGAGCAUCCAAGUGUGAGGCUGAUAGUAAUAUGGCUAAGAGUAAAUGAUUAUAAGUCACAAGUAUUACAAGACAUGCAAGAAGAUAUAAGAGUAAUGAGAGAAUUUCAUAUGAAAGCAAAAGGGCAUGAGAGAAUUAGUGUUAGAGAAAAGGUUGUGGAAGAUGGGAUAGGGACAACUAAAGCACUCCUUUCAGUGCAAAAUGUUGCUGAUUUGUUCGUCUUAGGGAGAUACCAUGAAGCAGAUUGUCCUGCAAUUCAAGGCCUUGCAGCUUGGAGUGAAAGCCCUGAAAUAGGAGCAUUGGCUGAUUCAUUAGUUUCUUCAGAUUCAAGAUACUCAAUAUUGGUUGUACAGCAACAACCCAGAGUUGAUUGGAAGAUCAACUUCUCCAAUAAAAGCAGAGAUGAUGAUUCUUCUAUCGGUUUCAGCAUUGAUAACACCUCUCCUAGAAGCACAAGUAUUAGAUCACGCAUCAGUUUAACCAAGUAGAUUAUGUUAUCUACCUUUCUUUUCUUUACUUUAUUUAGAUAGCUAAGCUAGUUCCUUUUUUUUUUAUCCGAAUGAACCACAAGAGGUAUUACAAAUUACAAAUUACAAAUUACAAAUUACAAAUAGGGGAAGGGUACUCGAACCUGCGAUGGAUCGUGCACAAACCCUCGGUCUUUGCGUCUAGAACAACACCCUGAUGGUAGAUAGUUAAUAAGCUAGUUCCUUGUUCAUUCUACAGAAACAUCUUUACAUUGGCGAUUGCAAUCUUGGCAUAAUUGUUAAAGCCUAUUAUAUGUAAAUGUAAAUGUAAAUGUAGUACAACUUCCAAUGUGACCUUAUUUGAUUCA